CUCUGUUGGUGUGUGUUUGCAGCACGCACUGCAUUGGGAGCUCCAAGCACGAGUCUGGGAGCUGUGUGUGCACCUCACUCUGUGCAUAUGUGAGCAUCUCCCCACAGGUGCCAUUACUGGGUGACAGUCACCAGGGAGUGGAUGAGCAGCCCAGCUCGGAAGCCUGCAACCCUGUCCCUGACCUACGGCCGACCGUGGGCACGCUGGCCUCCGCGCCUUGAGCAGCUGCUGACGUGCCUGAUAUUGUGCGCGCGCUAGGAGCCUGAUGUGGGGCUUCUUGCUGGAGUGAGAGACUGUUCUGAGGGUCAGGGCCUGAGGGACACAGGGAAGGUGGACACCGUCCUCCGUGGAGGACGGUGUGUGAAGGCUGGGUAUGUGCGUGUGCCCCACAAUGACAUCAUGUGACGGUCCACAGGCCUGGCUCGGGCUCAGGAGUGCAGCGUGUGCUCAGGAACAAAGAGACCCACGUGCGAGGUCGGUGGGGCCAGGAGAGAGAUGUUACAUAGACCGACUGUGAGCUGCUGGCCCUCCCGCGGAGGAAGGGAACUGAGGCCUCCUCCCGCUGUCAUGGCUCCAGUCCAGGCUAGGCGCAGUCACGUGCAUUAUCUUCUAAGGUGCUGCUGCAGCAUGAAGCCCCUGAGCUGAUGAGUCUUAUUACAGACCGCGGGCAGAAGUCGGAACCUCGCGACUCACCUCUCAGGAGAAGGUGGAGGGGAAGCAGGGGGCCACCCAGUGGCGAGAGCAGGGCCUGGGCCUCUCACCCGACCUGCCAGCAGACUCUGCGAAGGGCCUGGUCUCUGGCUCCUCCGAGACCAUGGACUGACAGGCAGCACAUACCAAGGGGCUCCUCUCUCCCCAGAGGUGCAGGCAGUGAGAGCCGUGGCAUUCACCAUGCUGGCCCCGGGCAGUGGCCCUGAGCAGAGGACCAGGCUAGCCCUGCAGUGGAGGCAGAUCUCCUGGAUCACCUGCUGGGUCACCCUGUAUGCUGUGGAGGCCCUCCCUGCCUGUCCUUUCUCCUGUAAGUGCGACAGCCGCAGCCUGGAAGUGGAUUGCAGUGGCCUAGGCCUCACCAUGGUGCCCCCGGACCUGCCCGCUGCCACCCGAACGCUCUUGCUCUUGAACAAUAAGCUGAGUGCCCUGCCAAGCUGGGCGUUCGCUAAUCUGUCCAGCCUGCAGCGGUUGGACCUAUCCAACAACUUCCUGGACCAGCUGCCCCGCUCCAUUUUUGGGGACCUGACAAAUCUGACGGAGCUGCAGCUGCGCAACAACAGCAUCAGGACCCUGGACAGGGACCUGCUGCAGCACUCCCCCCUGCUCCGCCAUCUGGACCUGUCCAUCAACGGCCUGGCCCAGCUGCCCCCCGGCCUCUUCGACGGACUCCCGGCUCUGCGCUCCCUAUCACUUCGCUCCAACCGCCUACAGAACCUGGACCGGCUGACAUUUGAACCCCUAGCGAGCCUGCAGCUGCUGCAGGUGGGAGACAACCCCUGGGAGUGUGACUGUAACCUGCGUGAUUUCAAGCACUGGAUGGAGUGGUUCUCCUACCGAGGGGGGCGCCUGGACCAGCUUGCCUGCACCCUACCCAAGGAGCUGAGGGGGAAAGACAUGCGUGUGGUCCCCAUGGAGAUGUUCAACUACUGCUCCCAGUUGGAGGAGGAGAAUAUCUCAGCUGGGCUGGAUAUUCCUGGGCCACCCUGCACCAAGGCCAGCCCAGAACCUGCUAAGCCCAAGCCAGGGGCCGAGCCAGAGCCAGAGCCCAGCACAGCCUGCCCCCAGAAGCAGAGGUACCGGCCAGUGAGUGUGCGGCGGGCCAUCGGCACAGUAAUCAUCGCAGGGGUCGUCUGCGGCAUCGUCUGCAUCAUGAUGGUGGUGGCUGCCGCCUAUGGCUGCAUCUAUGCCUCUCUCAUGGCCAAGUACCACAGGGAGCUCAAAAAGCGCCAGCCCCUAAUGGGGGACCCGGAGGGCGAGCACGAAGACCAGAAGCAGAUCUCUUCUGUGGCGUGAGAGCCCAGCCCCGCCUGGCCCAGGGACACAGUCUGAGGCCUUGAAGCUGCAGCAUGUGCGGAUGGCACCCUCUCGAGAACCCAGCCACCGACCACUGGGCGUUUCCUCUGUGCUGCCAGAGGACACUGUCACUGCCAGGCCCUCGGGGACAACCACCAAUUUCACUCCUAUAGCCUGCAGCCCAAGAACCGUUGCUCCGUACCUCUCACCCCUCCAUCUUCAGCAUCUCCGGGCCUGUGACCCUGGGGCGGGGACUCACUCAUGCUCUGUGAUAGGUGGCAUCUUGGGAAAGCAGGUGGCACUUGCUGAAGCUCACUGUCUGCCAACAUAUCCCAAACAGACCCCAGGAGCAGGGAAAGGACUGCUGCAUUUGCUCAGAGGCUUCUGAGGGAUGGGGGGCCCUUUCCUAGGGUUUUGUCUGCUCAGUCUGGCUUCCCAGGGUUUCUAAUUGCACCUGGACUGGGGUCCAAACCAGAGCAUGGGCCAGGGUCCUGUGUGUUCUUUACCUGUAACCUACACCAAAGGGACAGAGCACCUGCUUGCAGGGCUGUGGAGGGUGGCAGGUGAGAAGAGGCUGUGCAGGGCUUCUGGGUCUCCUUCUCUGGGUCUGCCUUCCUCGUGAUCUGAUCUUGGGUGAGUACUAGGUUUUCCUCUGCUGGACACCGGUGUGCCCACAGCUUACAGAGGGGCAAGAGGCAUCAGGCUGGUUUCUGGCUCUGAGACGGGGGUCUUAGGGGCCCCAGGAAGAGGCUGCCAGAACACUGAGGCCAAGGGUCUAAGGAAGGACAGGGCGGGCCCAGCUCGCCUUGCACCCCUUGACCCUUCCACCUCACAGAGGAGCACGUGGGGGAGAGGCGCGGUGGGACAGGGAGGACAGAAGGGGCCCCAGCACGGGCUGCUUCUCAGGCUGCUAGACGCUUCUCCCCAAGGCGGGGGCACAGUCUUCCUUCUUUUGGCUUGCUGGCUGAUACCAGGUCUAGGGAUUUUCUAAGGGGAAUGAGGAGAGGGGUGGGUGUUGUCAACGGUGGUAUCUUCAGCCUGAGACAGAAGAUUUUUAAAGGCAAAAUUAUAU